GAGUAAGGAGAGACCACAAGAAGGACAAGAUGGGUGGAAGGUUUAAGGGCACUUCAGUUUUAAACCUCGGCUGGGAGCAAGUGCUGACUGAGUGAGUCGAGGGAGGAAAAGUUGCAACUACAAGCAGCAACAGAUACGUUCAGAAAGCGGCAGAGACCGGGGAGUGAUGGCAAAGUAUGUGCGGAGGAGGUAGACACCGGGGGAGGAGGUUUCAUUCCCCAUAGCUCCUCUCAGUUUCUCAGGAUUUCCCUCCCUGGACACAGCUGCUGCUGCUGCUGCUGCUGCUGCUGCUGCUGCUCUAAGUGCCUUCUCUCCAGAGCCAUACUCUUCCAUAUCUGGACCUGGAUUUGGACGAACAGCGAAGUGGACUGAAUCAGGCGGGACAACAACACAGAACCCGAAUUUAACUAUCUGUAAGUCCGUCCUGAAAGGUGUUUGGUGGAGCAAAGGAUUACCAAGAGAAAUACAGCAUGAGAAAGCAGAACAAGGGGUUACUUAGCUGAUUUAAAAUGUCACAAGUCCCAUAAGUAAAUACGUUACUUUUUGUUUUUGGAUUAUUUGGACAGUACAGCUUUGUUCUACCAAGGUUUCAUUAUGCAUGGAAGUCUGCUUUUUUUAUCUUGACUGACAGGUCUGUUUUAGGAGAUUGUCUCAUCCUGAAUAUUGUUACUGUGAAUAUUAUUGCAGAUGUCGCAGAGACUACAUAGUCGGAUUGCCCUCAGCUUGCAGAUACAGAUUGUUUAUAGUAUGUUCUAGAGCUGAGGUUUCAGAAACUGCUUGUGUGGUUGGCGAAUAUAAUGGGGUAAUUUAUCUACAACUGCUAAUGUCAUUUUGCCAUUUUAUGGCAUGGAAGAUGAGAAGACUUGAGUAUUUCAUGUUCUGUUCUCUGUUCUGUAUUUCAAUAAAUUGCUUGCAUUCAACCGGACUCUCUCCUGCCUAGUGGGAGCGUAGGAAAAUGAAAAUGGACACAGAGGCUGCACCAAACUGUUUGCUUUUCCCAAACAACAUUUUCAUCUAAAACCAAGAUGUGAUUUACGAGUGUAAACUAUGACGUGAAUGAUGAUAAUAGCUGUUUGGAUUAAGAGGAUGAGCAGUAACUUGCGUCUUUGCCAGUCUGAGCUCCUCAGAGUGCAUGCGGGAAGAAAGACUGAAAAGUGACUCUAAACGUCUCCUUUAAUGCGCUGUGAUAAAUGGUUCAUGACACAACCCCUAUUUUCCCUCAUGGGUCCACAGAGGGAGGUUUUCCAUAUAUGUCGACUUCCACAUAUUUUCCACUUCAGCAUCAGUGUUGACAUUGGAGCAGCCUUCAUCCAGCUUGCUGGCCUGGUUCUCGUGCUGUGUCCUGGGCCUGGAAACAAACCCAUGCAGUCACCUACCACCCAGACUGGUUCCUGUCACAUCUUGGUUCAUCUCUGUUGAAAACACUUGUUGUUGACUAGCCUGGCCCCGCAUUACUCGGGCCAGCCUGGGCUUCCUUCCUUCCUCCCUGAGGCCAGGCCUUCUCGUGUUGGCUUGGCCCUGAGCGGGCUCCCCCUGUGCUGCAGUCAUGGGGAUUCAGGGAAUGGAGCUGUUUGCCAUCGGAGUGGUCAUCAUCCUCUUCAUGGCAGUUCUCAAGCAGUUUGGCAUCCUGGAGCCCAUGUCCUCGUUUGAAGACAGCAGCGACAGUGAUUUGGAGCUGUCGACGGUGCGUCACCAGCCGGAGGGGCUGGACCAGCUGCAGGCUCAGACCAAGUUCACCAGGAAGGAGCUUCAGUCUCUCUAUCGAGGCUUUAAGAAUGAGUGUCCCAGUGGGUUGGUCGAUGAGGAGACAUUCAAGUCCAUCUAUUCUCAGUUCUUUCCCCAAGGAGAUGCAACCACCUACGCUCACUUCCUGUUCAACGCUUUUGACAUUGACAGAAACGGUUCAAUCCGCUUCGAGGACUUUGUCAUCGGCCUGUCAGUGUUGCUCCGAGGUUCAGUCACUGAGAAGCUCAACUGGGCUUUUAACCUCUACGACAUUAAUAAAGAUGGCUACAUCACCAAAGAGGAGAUGCUGGCGAUCAUGAAGUCAAUCUAUGACAUGAUGGGGAGAUACACCUACCCCAGUGUGCGAGAUGAAGCGCCCUCCGAACAUGUGGACAAGUUCUUCCAGAAAAUGGACAAAAAUCGCGAUGGUGUAGUGACCAUUGAAGAGUUCAUUGAGACCUGUCAGAAGGACGAGAAUAUCAUGAACUCCAUGCAGCUGUUUGAGAAUGUGAUUUAAGGAUUCAAGAUUCUCUCGGUCGUUUUCCUCCUCCACUAGCCCACGUGCACAACUCACACACAAAUGCAACACCACCCCCCCCCAAACUACUCCUCACUAAAACAUGACAUCCUGCCAUCUGGCACAUAAUGUAGGUACUGUAAAGAAACAGAAGCUAGAAGUUUUUUUUUCUAUUUUUCACUGCGCUCUUUAACUGCAUCUUGCAACUGCUUCUGGAUUAAAAGGAUUUACAGACUGAAAAAGAACUUCCUGGGUAAAAUUCUCAUCAAUCUAGUGUGGUUUUUUUUUUUUGUGUGUGUGUGUGUGUGUGUGUCCUCAAUGAGGCAACACAUGAGUCUCCUUGAGCUUUUAUCGUCAGACAAAAAGGAUCAACAACCAACAAGGAGUGAAGAGGCUUACAAUAAUCCACUGACCUGAGCACACAAGGACACUAGCUUUAACACUAAUACACUUCGUUUCUCUCUCUGACACACACUCUCACACACACACACACACACACACACACACACACACAGAAGCACGGAAAAAAAUCGCAGCACACUCACACACAAAAAAAGGAAAUGAACUAAAGCAUGUUUGUCCUCAAAUAUGUGAUGUGGAAUUAGCUUGCACUACAAUUUUAUGACUAUGUAUUAUAUGCGCCUGAAAUUAAGGCUCUGUAGAUACCUGCACCUGAUACACCGCCGAUGGAAACCAGUGUGUAUGUAUAUAUGUAUAGUGAAUAGUUAUAUAUCCUAUGUUGUAUUGGUCUCCUCUGUACUGAACUGGGUGAUGGACUAGGACCAGAAUUGAAUAUUUGUUUAAGAAAUCUCUAUGUUACUCAGUUUAACAUUAUGUUUAGUAACAGUUCUUCACAGAAUUUAAAUGGACUAUUCAAAGAUUUCUCUUUUUUUGUAUUUUGAAAGAUUACGUUAAGCUGGUCAGAUUGGAAAAGUGAGUCUGUGCGGUACUGUGAAGAUACAAAAGGACUGUUGAAAGUGUGUUCUUUUAUGCUGAAUUAAGGCUUUAUCUUGGUUCCUCAGUAUCUACGAGCAUGCUGACUCUAAGUGCCGCAGUAUUAUGUACAGUACGGUAAGACCUUUGUGAUGUCGGCUGAUUAAAGAUGCUGUCAACAGCU